AUUUUCUCAAAAUGGCCUGAAUCUCCAGCAUAGAUUGCAAGGUCGCCUCUCUGUCAAACACACCCCCACUCGCACAAAGAUAAACUUUUUUGCUUCCAAGGGUUUCGAUCUCUCUGUAAAUUUUAUCCCACUGAUAUCAGAUUAAAAUGGAAUUAGAAUUAGAGCUCGUUUAAAUUAUAAUACAAUUAUCUCCUUUCGCUAUUAUCACCUCUGCGCGUUCAAUUCUAAAUCUUUGAAGAUCUGUGUAAACGAAAGUUAAAAUUUGGAAUUGGAGGUAUUCAUUGGAGUUGGGCCUUAAACAUUUUUGUAUUUGACUGUUUAAUUUUGAGGUCGAGAGAUAUGGAUAUGGAUUUCAAUGGUGACGUGGCGAGUCUCGAUGCUGAAAUGCUGCAGCUACCGGAGGUGUCUCCUUUGGCUAUUAAAGCCAACCCUCACGUGUCCGAGAAGCUUUUUGAUCAGUGGCUUUCGCUUCCCGACACCGUAUCUCUGGUAAAAUCAUUGCUCGGUAGCGCUAAGUCAGGUGGCCCCUUGAAUGCCUCUGGGACAUCAUCCGGUACAAAUGCUGUGGCAAGCAACACAUUACCAUCAAUGUUUCCUGCUGGCAGUACCCCGCCACUUUCACCCAGAAGCUCAGCGGGUUCACCUCGGGUAGUGAAACAGAGAGCAGGCCCAUCUGCUUUAGGAUCUCCCCUGAAAUUAGUGAACGAGCCUGUAAAAGAGCUUAUACCUCAGUUCUAUUUUCAAAAUGGGUGUCCUCCUCCGAGUGAAUUAAAAGAACGAUGCUUGUUUAGAAUCAAUCAGUUUUUCUAUGGUCACAUCAAUGGACUCCAAAUGAAUGAAUUUAAACCAGUUACCAAGGAAAUUUGCAAGCUUCCAUCAUUCUUCUCCACCGUGCUUUUUAGAAAGAUUGACUCUGAUGGCACUGGAGUUGUAACCAGGGAUGCAUUUGUUGAUUAUUGGAUUCAUGGUAACAUGUUGACUAAAGAUAUACCAACGCAGAUAUACACAAUCUUGAAGCAGCGAGAUCUCAUAUUCUUGACUCAGGAAGACUUCAAACCUGUGCUUCGAGAACUUUUGGCAACUCAUCCAGGAUUGGAGUUCUUGCAAAGUACACCUGAAUUUCAAGAACGAUAUGCUGAAACUGUGAUAUACAGAAUAUUUUACUAUGUGAAUAGAUCGGGCAAUGGUCGUCUUACCCUCAGGGAGCUAAGACGUUCGAACUUAAUUGCUGCAAUGCAACAUGCUGAUGAAGAAGAGGAUAUCAACAAAGUCUUGCGGUACUUCUCUUAUGAACAUUUUUAUGUGAUAUAUUGCAAGUUUUGGGAGCUGGAUACAGAUCAUGAUUUUCUGAUUGAUAAAGAGAACCUCAUUAGAUAUGGUAAUCAUGCACUCACCUACAGGAUUGUUGAUAGAAUAUUCUCUCAGAUUCCCAGAAAGUUUACAAGUAAGGUUGAAGGGAAGAUGGGAUAUGAAGAUUUUGUUUACUUCAUAUUAUCAGAAGAGGAUAAGUCAUCAGAGCCUAGUCUUGAGUACUGGUUCAAGUGCAUAGAUUUGGAUGGGAAUGGAAUUAUUACAAGGAAUGAAAUGCAGUUCUUUUAUGAGGAGCAGUUACAUAGAAUGGAAUGCAUGGCCCAAGAGCCUGUGCUUUUUGAGGAUAUUUUGUGCCAGAUAGUUGACAUGAUUAGUCCGAAGGAUGAGAGCUAUUUUACGCUGCAGGACUUAAAGGGCAGUAAGCUCUCGGGCAGUGUUUUUAAUAUCCUUUUUAACCUCAAUAAGUUCAUGGCUUUUGAAACUCGUGAUCCAUUUCUAAUCCGUCAGGAGCGUGAGAACCCAAAUUUGACCGAAUGGGACCGCUUUGCGCACAGAGAAUAUAUUAGGUUAUCGAUGGAAGAAGAUGCAGAAGAUGCCUCUAAUGGAAGUGCAGAUGUUUGGGAUGAAUCACUCGAGGCUCCCUUUUAAAUUAUGUUUGGUGUUUAUAAUGGAUUCUUUGUUUCAAGCGGGCUAUCAAGCAGAAAAUCAGUAGUUUUGUGGGGGGCGAUAAGACGUCAAAAAAGGAUCAGCAGCAUUCUCUGACCCCACCAGCAAUUUGUUGGAAGCCUGUUUAUGGAAUGUUGAGCAUACCUGCACAUAGCAUCAUACUCUUGUCGAGCUAAAAAGGACUUGGCCGAAUGUUGACUGGUAAUCAGAUGGAGAAAUCUACCUAAAAGUAAAACUUCUUACAUCUUUCUGUUGUCUAGUUUAGUUUUAAGAAACAUAAAUAUAAAUUAUUUCUUUUAGAAUAUGCCUAGUGUUUUUCCUAGCACAUUAUUCUUGAUGGGAAUUAGCGUGGUUAAGGUGCAGUAUUAUGUUAUUUUCUUGUUGCCCUUUCUUUAAAUCUUUUAGAUUCUUAUUUCUUGACUUGUAGUUGCCUGUGUCCAGUUUGUGUCAUAAUGGAGUUUCUGUAAUGAUUUUGGUUUUUGGUUUUU